CUCUAUCUAAGAGGCGGGACCACCCGCGCUUAGCAACGUUUGGUUCCUUGUCACUUGCGGCGGGUGUUUCAACAUGGCGGCUGCUGCAACGAAACAUGGAAAGUCUGGAAUAUUUUGGACGAAUAGUGAAUCAGACGAGGAGGAGCCUUUGGCAUUCAUUCCUGGAGUGGACAAAGCAGUCUCUCGCAAACCAGUCAGCAAAACUAUCACAAUAAAAAAAAGCACCAAGAUGCAAAACCGAGGCAGCACUUUAACAAAAAGUGGCAAGAAAGCUUGCUAUUUAAAUAAUGAUCAGUGUUCUUAUUUAAAUAAAAAAACAUCACACUUUGCCAGUGCUCCUGCAGUCACAGACAACAGCCUUUCAUCAGGUUCUAUACCCUCAAUACCCCAGGUUCUAUCUGAAAUUAGCAGAGCCCAGAGCCAGGUCGGCCUGAAAGACCUCUGUCCUGAAGACAAACGACGCAUUGCAAAUCUCAUUGAAGAGCUAGCCCGAGUGAGUGAGGAGAAGGAUGAGUCGGUGCAGCGCCUUAAAGAUGAACACGAUCAUUUCGAGCGCAAGAUCCAACAGCUGGAGCAACAGAACCUGGUCAUAGCACAUGAAAGAGAAAACCUUCAGCAGCAGUACAGAGAGUGCCAGGAGCUGCUCGGGCUCUACCAACAGUACCUUUCUCAGCAACAAAUGAAGCUCAACCAGUCCAUUGCUGAGCUUAGCCAGGCACAAGCUCACUAUAAAGUGCUCAGCAAUCAAGAAGCCCCCAGCAGAACUACUAGCCAAGCUAAUGGCCCACUGUUUGAUGGCUCGUACCUCGGUCUUGCCGCUACUUCAGCGCAACAGCCUCAAGUGCACAGGAGAAAUAGUGGAAGAACAAGAGCCUUGCAAACUGUCAGUAUCCCUACCCCCAUUUCCUUUGAUGAUGAGGUCUGUCCCCCUGAUGAGCAAAUCAAUCAGCAUAGAAUUCAGACAAGGGAAUGCGAAUUGCGCCCCAAUCAAGGCACUUUCCAAGACAGUGGAUAUGGCACCCAGCAACGCAGAACUAAUGGCCAUUCCCUUGACAGUAGCUGCCAGAACACCUUUAUCCAAAGGCACCACGGUGAGAAUAGCUUGGCUGCUGAGGCCAAGGAAGCUCUUACUAGCCCUCUACUGGGCCGAGAGGACUGGGAGGAGAAGAGGCACCAGCUGCUGCUGCAAAAGAUGCACUUGGAGAUGGAGCAAGAGAAGCUGCAGGCACGGCUGGCUGAUCAGGAGGAGAGGCUCCGCAGACAGAAUGAGCAGUUGUGCCAGUCACGCCUUGACAGUAAAAGGUUUCAAGAAGCUUGCCAAUCUAAACUCAGCAGCUCAACCGCAAAUGAGGCAACGCAACAGCCAGACUCUCCUCGCAACCAAAAUCUACCCUCCAGUGUCCGUGGCACAGAGGAUCGCCCUGCACAGCAGUGUUUACAAGACCGUGGUUCACAAACUGCACCGUUGGACAAAAUUCUUCACUCUUGUGAAGUCUCAGUGCAGUCAAAAAGGGACACAGCCACAUCACCUGUAGGGUUGCCUGCAAGUCCCGUGAAGCUCACCACGGCACCUGUGACACAAAAGACACCUGAAAAUAGGCUGGACUUUUCCUUAGUUGAAUUAUUGGACAUAUUUAGUCCGGCCUCGGCGUGUGAGCAAUGCAAACCGUCAGCCCGAAAGGCCAAAACAUUGCAACGUGGACCAAUCCUGACUACCCCCAAAUCAGUCUGCAGAAGCCUGCGUACCCCCGUGGCGCCUUAUCCUCUCAGUCACCAACAGGACUUAGAAGAAAGUCAGAUAUUGGAGGAUAUUUUCUUUAUUUGUUGACUAGAAUAACAAAGUUUAAUAACUUUUUUUUUAUUUUGACUUUGUAAAUGUCUCAUGUGACUUUAUUUUGUUUACAUUAAUUACAAAUGAAGAUGUUUUUGAGUGAACUAUUAUGUUUUUUUGUAUACCAAUAAACUUGUAAUUCAACUGCCUGUGAG